GUGCUUUACCAUCAUGGCUGAAGCUCUCCAGCAGCUCAUUCUCGAUACCCUCGAUGCUCAGUCUUCUAUCAAAGACUCCAGGAUCCUUGUUCUUCCGGGCCAGAAGGAUCCUGCAACGUCGCAUGAGGCCCAGAUAACCGUUCUCGGUGCCCUGAAUUCACUGCUCAGUCGCGAGAUGAUCAAAUAUGAAACACGCGAGGUCUUUACUCAUGUAUUAACUCCAGAAGGUGCUUCAAUCGCAAAGGAAGGAUCACAUGAAGCUCGCGUCUGGUCUGCCCUUCCUAUCAAGGGCCAGGGAAUACCGGUGACACCACAACAGUUGAAGAAAUUGGUUGGAGAUGAGACAGCAAAAGUCGGGCAAGGUCGUGCUUUCAAGAAUGGCUGGAUCGGUAAAGAAGGUGGUGGUUUCGUUAAGAUGGCCAAUACCAUAAACGAUGCAGCACAAUUAGACUUGCAGGAAAUAGAAUCUACAGGAACACUGAAAACUGGAGAGAAGACCCUGGCGGAUCUGCGAAAGCGUAAGCUGAUCAUACAAAAGAAGGGCCAGUGGUUCACCGUGAACAAGGGUCCUGAAUUCAGCACUUCCACGGCGAAACCGGAAACAGAUCUGACUGCAGACAUGCUAACAUCUGGUGCGUGGAAAACGGCCAAAUUCAAGAAGUACAAUUUCGAGGCGGAAGGAAUACCAACGAAUGGAGGUGCUCUGCAUAUGCUCCUCAAAGUUCGGGAGGAAAUCCGUAAUAUCUUCUUGGAGAUGGGUUUCGCAGAGAUGCCUACCCAAUCAUAUGUAGAAUCCGGUUUCUGGUGCUUCGAUGCCUUGUUUGUCCCCCAGCAACAUCCCGCCCGGGAUUUACAAGAUACUUUUUACAUCUCCGAUCCCCCACAUUCACUACCUCCAGAGCCUGAAUAUUAUAAACGAGUUUCUACUGUACAUGAACAUGGCGCGUACAGUUCAACCGGGUAUCGCGCCCCUUGGUCGCACGAAGAGUCAUCCAAACUUCUUCUACGAACACACACGACUGCGUCGUCUGCACACAUGCUAUACAAAUUGGCAGCAAAGUGUAGAGGAGAAAAGGUUGAUGGAGAAAAGGAAGACUUCACUGGCACAAAAUCUGCUGCUGACAAUGGUGAUGGAUUCAAGCCGGCCAAACUUUUCAGUAUCGACCGGGUGUUCCGAAACGAGACCAUGGACGCAACUCAUUUGGCCGAAUUCCAUCAAGUCGAAGGAGUUGUCGCCGACCGCAAUCUUACCCUGUCGGACCUGAUUGGCUUUAUGCGAGUUUUCUUCGAGAAAAUGGGCAUCGAAAAAGUCAGGUUCAAGCCAGCGUAUAACCCUUAUACCGAGCCGUCACUUGAAAUCUUCGCGUUUCACCCAAUGUUGAACAAAUGGGUUGAAGUCGGAAACAGCGGCAUGUUCCGACCGGAGAUGCUCGAACCCAUGGGCUUCCCGAAAGACGUUCGGGUACAUGGAUGGGGCCUCAGUCUUGAGCGACCCACGAUGAUUCGUUACGGUAUCAACAACAUCCGCACACUUGUUGGACACAAGGUGCCCAUUGAAAAUGUAGAGAAUUCGCCGGCCGUCCGUUUCUAGACAUGAUGAUGCUGAGGACAAUGCGAUGUACACAUCUGUUUCGUAGAGAAUACAUGAAUACUCAGGAGGGAAAGGAAGGUGGCACAAAGCAACAAGGUAAAGAAAACGUG